AAUUUAGACGACAAAUAUGCAACGAGCUUCUGUAUGUUUGUAAAGACGCUGUUCCAGAAGGCUGGGGAAAUUGUGAAGUAGGAGCGGCGCGCGCCGGCUCGGGGGUGUGGUGAUGCUUGCGCUGUGAACUCGCGCGGGCGCUGAAUACUAGAGCACUCCGAGCGAAGCACGGACACCGAACGCCACAGAACCACAGAACCGACGGCAUGGCUUCGUCUCAGGGGAAGAGUGAACUCCGUUAUGCGGACUGGAUGUCAAGUUUACCGGACAACUUGCACAGUAUCCCUCUUACCAACCUCGCCAUACCAGGUUCCCACGACUCCUUUAGUUUUUACAUCGACGAAGCCUCACCAGUUGGGCCGGAGCAGCCUGAGACCGUGCAGAACUUUGUCUCUGUGUUUGGCACAGUGGCCAAGAAGCUGAUGAGGAAGUGGUUGGCGACACAGACCAUGAACUUCACCAGCCAGCUGGAGGCGGGCAUCCGCUUCUUUGACCUCCGCAUAUCCACCAAACCCAGAGACCCCGAAAAUGAGCUCUACUUUGCACACGGCCUGUUCAGCGCCACCGUACGUGAAGGCCUGGAGCAGAUCAGCACCUUCCUGGCCUCCCACGCUCGCGAGGUUGUGUUCCUGGACUUCAACCAUUGUGAAAAAUACAGAAAAAAACUGUAA